AUGUUUGGUUACAAUAAAUAUAUAAAUAAUUAAAAUCAAAAUUUAAGAAAGUUUUCAAUUAAUUGGAUAAUUAAUAAUCUUGAUAGAUUAAUUUCUCUUCUUCUUAUUUAUUUUUAUUUCGAGGAUAUUUCUAAUUGUUAAUCACUCAUAGAUAACCAAUCGUUUCUUUAAUUAAGCGCUUAUAUCUAACAUAAAUUAAAAAUGCAAGCAAAUCAAGCAUUAUUAAUCACAUUAUUUAUCUGCAGCUCGGUUGCUUUACAAAAUUCUAUUUUUUUGAAUGAAACUUUCUAUCCAGGGCUGAUCAAGAUAAAUAGCGACAGUGAUAUGUUCUACAUUUUAUUUGAAUCUCGCUCAAAUAAAAAUAGUGAUCCACUAAUAUUAUGGUUAAAUGGUGGUCCUGGGUGCUCUUCUAUGCUUGGACUUUUUGAGGAAUUAGGUCCUUAUAAAAUUACUUAAGAUAACACUCUUACUUCGAACCCUUAUUCAUGGAAUAAUAAAGCUAAUGUUCUCUUUGUAGAUCAGCCGAUUGGAACAGGAUUCAGUAACUUAGGUUCAAGUUAAAUACCUAAUACUGAAGAAGGGGUCGCAAAACAAAUGCAUGACUUCAUUUAAAGCUUUUUGUAAACCUAUCCUAAAUAUGUUAAUCGCGAUUUUUAUAUCGCUGGUGAAUCUUAUGCAGGCCAAUACAUUCCUGCUAUAGGCUCUUUAAUCAUUAAAUCUGGAGAUCUCUAAAUUAAAUUUCGUGGUGUUGCUAUUGGCAAUGGUUGGGUUGACCCUUACUAUUAGCAACCUGCUUAUGCUGAAUAUGCUUAUAAAUAUAAUCUGAUAGAUUUAGAUACCUACACUGCUACUUAAUAAUAAUUUGCAGUGUGCUAACAGUAUAUAAAAACUGGAGCUCCCAUAUAGAUCUUAACAGAUGCAUGUGAAGCUCCUUUUAACAAAAUUACAGAAAAGAAUAACUUUGAUAUUUAUAAUUAUAAAACUCCUUGUGUUAAUCCUACAUGUUCUGAAGAUGCUGAUGAUGAUAAAGUUCAAAAAUUCUUGAGUAGAGAAGAUGUGUAAUAAGUAUUAGGAGUUUAAGGUAGAACAUGGAGUGCUUGUGUUGACAAUGUGUACAGUGCCUUAUCAGAUCUUGAAAAUCGUUCUUCAACCAAUGAUCUUAUUAGUAUUGUUAAUGCUGAUCUAAAGGUCUUGAUAUAUAAUGGUGAUCUAGACUAUAUGUGCAAUUAUAUUGGAACAGAAAAUUGGGUUAAUAAUCUUAAUUGGAAGUAAUAGAGUUAAUUUUAGGUUGCCUAAUAUUAAACUGUUAAAUUAAACGGUAAAGAAGUAGGAAAAAUAAAAGGAGUUUCCAAAUUUUAAUUUUAUAUUGUUUAUAAUGCAGGCCAUAUGGUACCUAAAGAUUAGCCAGAAGUUGCUUUGCAAUUAAUUAAUAAUUUUAUAAGCCAAGAAAGCUAUUUAAAAAUGUUAGAAUUCUAGAUACUAUUUUACUUAAACAUAUAUUUUGUUUCUCACGCAGUUAUUAGAUUUUUAUAAAAAUGA